GAUGAUAAAACCCAAAACCCUACAAAAACAUUUUGGUAAAAUCUCUCUACUGAGAACUAACUCCUUCUUCUUCUUCUUCCAGCUGAAACCUCUAUCAGUCUCUCUUUCUCUCUGUGUUUUUUUUACCAUCUUCUCUCAUUUCCAUAAUCAUCUCUAAAGUUAUGGAGAUUCCAGUUUAAAUAACUCAAAUACGGCUGUUAAGUUGACUGAUUGAUUGAGAAAUGGAAAUGAAGAGAAAAUCGCCACUUCAGCUUCAAGCCCUUGAGAAAUUCUAUGCUGAGCAGAAGUAUCCUUCGCAAAUGGUUAUGGAAGAACUUGCUGGGGUCUUGGACUUAACAUUCAAGCAGGUUCAGGGAUGGUUUAUAGAAAGGAGGAGGAGGGAUAAAAGUAAAGAUAUACCACCCAGUUUGAACAAGGAACACUCUGUUAUUAAAGGAAGAAACUGUCUGGGAGUUGCGGCUGCUACUAGAAUGAUUAGUAAGACUAAGAGGAAGAAGAAGAAAUUGAUUCCUUCUCAGGAUUUGUUGACGCCAGAUUAUGUUCUAUGUAAGAUUUUCCGUAAAGAUGGUCCGCCCCUUGGUGUCGAGUUUGAUUCACUUCCUUCUAAGGCAUUUCUCAAUUCUAUAGAUUCCAGAAAUUCUAAUCUUGCUAGCCAAGAGAACCAAAGAGCAAACAGAAAAAGAAAGGUAUCCAAGCAGGACACUUCAACUUGUCAGGAUUACAAUAACAGUGAUCCAGCAAUGAAACAUGGUAUAGGGAAAGGUUUGAUGACAGUAUGGAGGGCGACAAAUCCAACGGCUGGACAUUUUCCUCCGCGAAUCCCAUUCUCUCAGAAAGAAAUAGUACCUCAAGUACCUACUCCUACACCACGAAAGUCACUGUGUCGGAAAAAAAAACAGCAACUGGUUUCUAUAAUGAAACAGAAAAGAUUGGAAAAUAAAACUCAUCAUAAGAGGAAACCUUCUGUCAAACAAAGAGUGGUGGAAUCUCAAAGAGAUGAGUUCCAGAAGCUUCCCCUCAAGGAAAGAUGUGAACUGGCUUUGGAAGGAGUGAUAUCUCAGGAGCGCAUCAAUCAAUUUGCAAUGCUAGCUGAUGAUGAAGAGCUGGAGCUGAGAGAGUUACAGGCAGGACCAAAUCCACUUUCAUGUUCUGAUAAUUGUGCAAUCAACAAGUUGUAUGGCUGUUCACUUUGCAAAGAUUUGCUGCCUAAAUUUCCUCCAAAUUGUGUUAAGAUGAAGCAACCAUUUGCCAAGCAGCCUUGGGAUUCCUCAGCAGACACUGUUAAGAAACUAUUUAAGGUUUUCCAUUUUCUUUGCACUUACUCUGUUGCUAUUGAUAUUUGCCCCUUCACUCUUGAUGAUUUUGCUCAAGCAUUCCAUGACAAGGAUUCUUUGUUACUUGGGAAAAUUCAUGUCGCCCUACUGAAGCUUCUCCUAUCUGAUGUCGAAACAGAGAUUAGUAGUCGAUAUCUGCCUCAUUCAAGUGUAUCUUGCAAAUUUCUUGCACUUCUUCAUUCGGUUGAAGAUCAAGAAUUUCUCAUGGAGUUUUGGAAAAAGUCUCUUAACCCUCUUACAUGGAUAGAAAUACUGCAUCAAAUCUUAGUUGCAGCUGGUUUUGGUUCAAGGCAAGGUGCAUUUCGUAAGGAGUCUCUUAGCAAGGAGAUGAAUCUCAUGAUGAAGUAUGGCCUACGUGUUGGAACUUUGAAAGGUGAACUGUUUACACUUUUAUCAGAGAGAGGAAAUAAUGGACUGAAAAUUCCUGAGCUUGCAAAGUCUUUGCAGAUUGCUGAAUUAAAUCUUACGAAUACGACUGAGGAACUGGAACUUCUAAUAAGUUCUACUCUUUCAAGUGACAUUACUUUAUUUGAAAAGAUCUCACCAUCUGCUUAUCGUCUGCGUAUUAGUACUCUUUCAAAGGAAGCUGAUGAUUUUCAAUCUGAUACUGAGGACUCUGGAAGUGUUCAUGAUGACUUCAAUGAUAGUGGAACGUGCAGCAGCAGUGACUCUGAGUGUGAAUUAGAGAAUCCCAACUCAAGAAAAUCUAAGCGGAGUAACUCUCAUAAAAAUAAAAGCCACAUGCUGACAGUUUACAAUGAAAUUGAUGAGAGCCAUCCAGGAGAAGUAUGGUUGUUAGGACUCGUGGAAGGUGAGUAUGCAGAUUUAUGCAUUGAAGAAAAGUUGAAUGCUUUAGUGGCUUUGAUUGAUCUACUCAGCGCUGGAUCCAGUAUUAGAAUGGAGGAUUCAACAAGACCCACUACGGAGUCUGUUCCUAACACGCUUCAUUAUGGUUCUGGAGCAAAAAUUAAAAGAUCAUCAUCAAAGCAACAUAAUUUGCCCAGGCCAUCGUGGAUCCAUGUUGGACAAAUCAAUAAUGCAACAGAACUACACACAUCUUCGACAUCUCGCCCAAUUGAUUCUUCAGUGUCAAUCCUAAAGUUUAAUGAAAGGGAAAAAUCCUCCAGCAAAGGGAAUGACACACAAGAGACAGAACUUGGGGUCAAUUUGCAUCCAAUGCAAUCCAUCUUUUUGGGUUCUGAUCGUAGGUACAAUAGGUAUUGGCUUUUCUUGGGCCCUUGUAAUUCACAUGACCCUGGACAUAAAAGGGUUUAUUUUGAAUCUUCUGAGGAUGGCCACUGGGAGGUGAUUGAUACUGCAGAGGCUUUGCGUGCCUUGUUAUCAGUUUUGGAUGACAGAGGAACACGGGAGGCUCUUCUUAUUGAGUCUUUGGAAAAGCGGGAAGGGUUUCUCUGCCUGGAGAUGUCAAGUAGCAUUGCAAAUGAUUCUGAAAAUAGGCAUUUGACACUGCCAGACCAUUCUGAACUGGAAAUAGUUAGAGAAGACAGCACUUCUCCAGUUUCUGAUGUAGACAACAACCUAAGCCUGAAUGAGGUCACAAAUGAUUCUUCCCCUCUGUGUGGUGCAAUAAUUCUUGCUGCAGGGAAGAAAGAGGAAGAUGAAAACCAGAAGUGGUGCCGCCUUCAAGAGUUUGAUGCAUGGAUAUGGAAUUACUUUUACUGUGAUCUUAAUUCUGUGAAACGUAGUAAAAGAUCUUAUUUUGAAUCGCUUGCCCGAUGUGAGACUUGUCAUGAUUUGUACUGGAGAGAUGAGAAGCACUGUAGGUUUUGCCAUACAACAUUUGAACUUGAUUUUGAUCUUGAAGAAAGAUAUGCUAUUCAUUCAGCGACAUGUAGACAUAAAGGAGACCAUGAAAUGCUCCGAAAACAUAAAGUUCUGUCAUCACAGUUGCAAGCACUGAAAGCUGCUGUUCAUGCAAUUGAGUCAGCUAUGCCGGAAGAUGCGUUACGGGGUGCUUGGACAAAGUCUGCUCAUAGGUUGUGGGUCAAGCGGCUCAGGCGCACCUCAUCUGUGGCAGAGCUUUUGCAGGUUGUUGCUGAUUUUGUUGCUGCAAUUAAUGAGAACUGGUUAUGCCAAAACAGUGCCCAAGAUUCCAAUAACUAUCUGGAAGAAAUUAUUGCAUGCUUUCCAACAAUGCCUCAGACAUCAUCUGCAUUGGCUCUGUGGUUGGUGAAGUUAGAUGACUUAAUUUGUCCAUAUCUGGAAAGGGUUCAAUGUGAGAACAACCAGGGUACCAGAACUAAAUGUACAGGAUGAUGUACUGCAUUUCAGGUGAGCAUCUGUCUGCACAGUAGAUCCAAAGAAUGGUUGGAGCUCAUGCACGUUGCUCUUGAUAUUUGCAUAUGGAGAGUAUAAAUGGGUGCUUCUCUGUUGUAUUUGUCCACGUUGCAACCUUCACCACCUUUUUGUUUUGAGGAUGAUUUUCAGGGUUGAACGGAGAAGAGGAAGAAGGCAAUACAGCAGAAAAGUUUGUAUAGAGCAGAGCUUUGUUUAUUUCCAAUUUUUUUUACUGUUGCUGUACUAAGGCAAUGGAGUGAUUAUAUGUUUGUACAGCAUUUAAUAGACGUCAAUUUUCAGGAAGAGAUUUAGUUUUAGUACAUAUUUUUACUAUGACCACUUAGCAGCAAAAUAACCUCCAUACCCCUGUUUUCAUGUAGAAAAAGGAUAUGUUCUUGCUACCCCUGGUAAUGGAGGAAUCAGAUUUUGUCCACCUUCUGAUGAGGGAGAAUAAGAUGAUGUACACUGUCAAACAAUACAGAUGCUGAAAUGAAUUGAGGUUACUUUUUCCUCAACUAGGUUUUCUCGUCCCUUUUUUUUGUUCUUAAUCCAGUUGAUUAUAAUGUAUAUAAAGAGCAGGGCAAAGAAAUUCACUGUUAAACUUCAAUUCAUAAAAGGGCAUUUUUUGAAUCAUGGUCCUUAUGCACCAUUAUCAAUUGGACAGUGAUCAUUCAGUGCAAGCUAAUAAAUUAUUGUAUUCCAUGUAUUA